UCCAGGGACUUCAUCGUCAGUCGCCAACCUCCCUCAUCCACUCCCAUCAUUUUCAUCACAAUUUCAUUCACUUGGGUGCCGUGGUGGCCCCUACCAACACACUUCUACUUCACUUGACAGCCCCCGACCCACUGACCGCCUUGCUUGAUGGCGCGCUCCCGGUCGCGCUCUGCUUCACGGCCGUACGAGCCUACGUUGAAGUCAACAAAGGCCGUAUCCAACGCAAAGGCUGCCGUAGCGAGUCCAUCUCGCAGAAGAGUUACCAGGAGCCAGAGUCGUGAGCCGGAGCUUUCAGGCUUGCAAAAUGGGGAUCUCAACGCCGGACGACCGUCUACGAAUGCCCGUAGUUGGAAGCAAAACAUGGGCAGAAACGGGAAGGGUCUCGACGCUGUUGUGGAAGAAUCCCCCGUCAGAUCGCCCGCAAAAUCGCCUCGCAAGUCUGGUGCUCGUCAUGACAACCACACUGCGCCGGAUUCGCCUGAGGAUGCCGCCAAUAUCUCCGGCACCACUAUUCUCCCUUCGGAGCCGGACACCAGCCUUGAUCCAGAGAUGAUGCUUGAGUCUAUCGGAGACCUGCUGCGCACGUCGAGUGACGUUUUGAAGUUGCUUGUCCCUGCCUCCACGGACCCUGUCAGCAUCGUGAAUUUAGCAUCGAAGCUCGCGGACCCCAAGAAUACCCAGAGCAGACGUCUUUCGCGCUCGAAGUCGAAGUUCGAGUCUGAGGCUAGCUAUUUCGGGGGUCACUCGUAUAUAGACGUUGAAAGGAACAGCGAAUUAGUCUGUUCGGCCUUGAAGAAUAGGCGUGACGGGCUUGCUGAAGACUGGACUCCGUACCCGAUGCAAAAGGCAAACUGUGCGCGUUUUGCCAUUGAGGUGCUCCUGGCCAGAGCUGAAACGGAUGCUCCAAGACAGGCUAUUCAGCAUGUCGAAGGUCUAUUUCCAUCAGUCUUCAUGAGUGACAUUGUUCAUGACGGUCAGCUACCGGCAAUGGGCGAAAGCUCUCUUGGAAAAGACACCUUCAAUCUUGCCUUGGAAAUCAGGACGCAAUUCCUGAUCGGACUAAUGGAGGAACACCAAAACGACCCUGGCUUUGAUCCUGAUGCCUUGUUGCAAGGCACAUUUCUCGUUGAAGAACUUCCUGAGGAGGUUUACGAUAGCAGCAAAGCGCCACUCCGUGGAUUCAACUUGACCAGUCUUGGUGGUGCUGAUGGGUACCUUCCUUUCCACCCUUCGCGCUUUCGGGACGAUGCUUAUGAUCGUUUCAAUGAAUUGCGACUAAACGUGACAGAUGGACUAGUUGACAUUGACGAACUAAAGAGCACGUAUCGAUGGUCAAGCUUCACUAUGAAAGCUGCCCAGUGGAUCCGCAAACGCAAUGAUGAAAUUGACGUGCAAUUAAGAGGGCGACGUCCGGCAGAGGACAUCAAGGAUGAGUACUUUGCUUCUCCUAGAUCGGUUCCCAGAGUGAGCAGUAUAGCUCCUCGCUCUGAAGCCACGCUGAGUCCUGCACGGAUGGGCAGCGCGAGACCUUCUACUCUUGCUGCUGAAUAUCAAAGGAUGACGGCUCGAGGCUCGCCUUUCAAGAUAACCCCAAGCAGGUCGAGAAUACCGAGCAAUCUACGAAUAUCGGAUAGCCAUAGCAUCAAGAAUACGCCAAGUCCGUCCAGAGAAUCCCCCAUUCAUCAGACAGCAUCGGAUGCUCCGCAGGAGCGUGAUGAUCAGGGAACCCUGAACACUCAAGGAUCGCCAGUUGAGCGAACUGCCCCCGAACCUAGCACUUCGGACCACCCGGACAACCAGGAAGAGCCAAGAACUGCUCCUGAAAUAAGAGAGCGGCGAAAAUCGAAGCCCUCAUUUCUUAACGCUUCCUCGAUCGGCCGCAUAAUGCAAAGGCAGAGGCGAAGCUCCGACUUUGUUCAGCCCUCGUUGCAGGCAGAGGACGACACUCUCGUUUCUGAAGAUCGUCGCAAAACAUUGCCCGCUACCUCGCAGUCCAAAGCUGCCGACCCCGUCGAGCCUGAACGGCCCGCAGCACCCACGGCGCCCGUAGAGCCUGCCGAGAUACCAGACACCAUUAUAGAUAGUCCUCUUUUUGUGCCCCAAGACGAUGAAUUGCUCACCAUUAAUGAUACCGGGUUUAGUCUCGAUGCAGACAACUCGAGAAUUCAGAUCGAGCGAUCUCACAGUCCCCCUGUCGGGAGCAAAAUCAGUCACGAGCCCGGCCGUCAACGGGCGGACUCUAUAGCAAGCAUCCCUGUGAAUAGAUCCCCUGGUCCUGGGCUUCCUUCCGAUCGGGAAUUAUGGCAAGCAACCAAAAAGCACGUCGCGUCCAAUCCCGAUGCGGCAAGGAGCAAGCACCCUCGAGCGGCUUUCAUCGAUCAUCAGGAGAACGCACACCGAGUGUCGCCGAUUAGCCACGGAGCAAACGCCAACGACACCCAAAGAACGCUACCUGUACCCCGGCCAUUGAAUAAGCGACGACGUGAGGAGUCGAACGAUCAGGACGAAGACGAGGAGAGUGAGGGCGAGUUCGAUAGGGACGCGCGCACAGUCGAUGUCUCUCGCAAACGUGCAGCAAAACCAGCGCAGCGCACGAACAAGCGCCAGAGAAUAGCGAAUGAGGACGAGGAGCAAGCUGGCUCUUCCUCCGCGCCUCAGAAUCAAGAGACCAGGGGACCGUCGCCAACCAUUCCGUAUCGCCUUUCUCAACCCUCAACCCACCAGUCGCACGUGCGCUGGACUCCGGCCGAAGACGAGCGGCUAAUUCGCCUUAUCAAGGAAUACGAGUGCAAGUGGUCCAGGAUCGAGCAGGAGAAUGAGGCGCAGCCCGAAAAACCAGGCGAGAAGAGAAUCGAGGCCCGAAACCAGAUCCAGCUGAAGGACCGGGCGCGGAACUUGAGAAUUAAGUAUCACCGGAAUCAACAACCACUCCCAAAGAAUUUCGACAGAGUGACUAUAAAACAGGCGGACGUUGACAGGCUCGCAAAGCAAGGCAUAAUCGUUCCACGGUAGUAGCCGAUCGCCCCCAUCCGGGCGAAGUACAACUGGCUUACUUGCUUUUUUGUUUCAUUUAUUCCAACGUUCUAUUGGACCUAACGUCAGCAUGUCAGCAUGGCUAUACGAUGAUUUGUUGUUACCUUGAUACCCCUGAACCGUUCUGUUGGAAAGCGUUGGAAUUGUCUUUCUCAUCUUGCUUUUCACUUGCUUUUUGUUCUCCGCUUCAGGAUUUUUGUUGCCGGUUGACGUUUAGGUGUUUAUAUUUUGGAUUGUAAUUAAUUAUACUCAAU